UCGAGCUCAUGUACUGGUUUUAUAUUGCUGUGCUGGGCGCAGAGAGAAGAGAAACCCCGUAGCAGGAACUAGCUAAGCAGCCUUUAGCAUCCAAGAUGGCGGGAGCAGACAGCGACGACUCUCUUUACCCUAUUGCCGUGCUAAUUGACGAAUUAAGAAAUGAAGAUGUUCAGUUACGAUUGAACAGCAUUAAGAAACUGUCCACCAUCGCUUUAGCUCUGGGCGUCGAAAGAACACGCACGGAACUUCUGCCUUUCCUCACAGAUACCAUCUAUGAUGAGGAUGAAGUACUGCUUGCUCUUGCUGAACAACUGGGGAACUUCACCAUGCUGGUUGGAGGCCCUGAAUAUGUGCACUGUCUCCUUCCCCCUUUGGAGAGUUUGGCUACAGUUGAAGAGACGGUGGUGCGAGACAAGGCAGUGGAGUCCCUGCGGAAGAUCUCCCAUGAGCACUCUCCAGUGGACCUGGAAGUACACUUUGAGCCUCUGGUGAAGCGUUUGGCCAGCGGUGACUGGUUCACAUCACGUACCUCUGCCUGUGGACUCUUCAGUGUCUGCUACCCACGAGUUUCCAGUACAGUCAAAGCUGAGAUCCGCCAGCACUUCCGUACCCUGUGUUCUGAUGAUACUCCCAUGGUGCGCCGUGCAGCCGCCUCCAAGCUGGGUGAAUUUGCCAAAGUGUUGGAGCUGGAGUAUGUCAAGAGUGACAUCAUUUCUCUCUUCACUGCAUUGGCAUCUGAUGAACAGGACUCUGUUCGUCUCCUGGCUGUGGAGGCCGGCGUCAGUAUUGCCACUCUGUUGCCUCAAGAGGAUCUGGAAGCUCUGGUAAUGCCCACUCUGCGCCAGGCAGCAGAAGACAAAUCCUGGAGGGUUCGCUACAUGGUUGCAGACAAAUUCUCUGAUCUGCAGAAGGCUGUGGGUCCAGAAAUCACAAAGAAUGACCUCGUGCCAGCCUUCCAGAAUCUUCUGAAAGACUGUGAGGCUGAAGUUCGCGCUGCUGCUGCAAAUAAAGUCAAAGAAUUCUGUGAAAAUUUGCCAGAGGACAGUAGAGAGACGAUCAUCAUGACACACAUUCUCCCCUGUGUUAAGGAACUUGUCUCAGACACUAAUCAGCAUGUGAAGUCUGCUCUGGCGUCAGUCAUUAUGGGUCUCUCCACCAUCUUAGGCAAAGACAACACCAUUGAGCACCUGCUUCCCCUUUUUCUGGCCCAGCUCAAAGAUGAGUGUCCAGAGGUUCGCCUCAACAUCAUCUCCAACUUGGACUGCGUGAACGAGGUGAUUGGAAUCCGCCAGCUUUCCCAGUCUUUGCUUCCGGCUAUUGUUGAGCUAGCUGAGGAUGCCAAAUGGCGAGUGCGACUGGCAAUCAUUGAGUACAUGCCCCUUCUUGCUGGACAGCUGGGUGUAGAGUUCUUCGACGAGAAACUCAAUUCUCUGUGUAUGGCGUGGCUCGUCGAUCAUGUAUAUGCCAUCAGAGAGGCAGCCACCUGUAACCUGAUGAAGCUGGUGGAGAAGUUUGGAGCAGAGUGGGCACAGAACACCAUUGUGCCCAAAGUGCUGGGCAUGGCUAAUGACCCCAACUACCUGCACAGGAUGACUACCCUCUUCUGCAUUAAUGCUCUGUCAGAGGUGUGUGGACAGGAGAUUACCACCAAACACAUGCUCCCUGUAGUUUUCAAGAUGUCCAAUGACCAGGUAGCCAAUGUACGCUUCAAUGUGGCCAAGUCUCUUCAGAAGAUUGGACCUGUGCUGGACAGCAACUGUCUGCAGACAGAGGUGAAACCAGUACUGGAGAAACUUGCAUCAGAUCAAGACAUGGAUGUGAAAUAUUUCGCCCAAGAGGCCAUCAGUGUUCUUUCCCUGGCCUAAUAUACCUUCUUUGCUGAACGUAAGACCCAUCUCUCAAGUUGACCUCCAUUGUAUUUAUUGACAUCUAGGAUCAUCCACUGGACUGUUUAUGGAGAAACAAUGUGCUCCGUUCCUUCUCAGUAAGAAAUGUUUUAGGGAUACUUGGCUUCUCUCAGUGUUUUGUUCAACUCUUUACCAAACAAACCAUCUUGCUCUUCAUUCUCUCACCCGAUCUUCCAGCUGAGCCCUCUUGCUCUGUGUAUCUUCACUUGCUAACCCUCAGCCUGGGGUCACACACUUAGAUGGCGUUUUACUAUCCGCUUAACUAUGUAAUGAAGCAUCAUAGGUUUAGAAAAAUAUAGAUGUUUUGAGGCAUCGGUUGUCCAGAUUUAACGUCAGUCAUCUGAUCUGAUUGACUGAAUCACCUUUGCUCUUAGUGCUGAUUUUAAGAGUUGACCCAUGUAUGCGCACAGCAUGACAGAGGGGCGAAUCACUACUGCACCUAUCAUUUGAUUACUGUUCCUGUGCUCUGUCUUACACUGAUUGUUGUUGAACCAAGACCCCAUAAAACACUAGCCGCAUGUCCGUUCUUUAGUGGCGGGCUCUGAUACUGUUCCCCUAUUCUCAAAGUGCUUAUCUUCUUAAAGGGACCAUGACAGAUUUCCAUCUGCUUCCUGUAACUGUUAUAACAGAGGAUGGGCUUUCCAAAACUGCCUAUUUUAUCUUCAGAAGGCAAGCAUCUCCUUUCUGUGCCAUUGACCGUGUUGCACAUUUUCUCUUUUUGUUUCGUUUUUAAAAAGACGCUUAACUUGCGUCCUUUAUAUGAAUGCAUCUGCAUGCCUCUUGCACACAGGUUCCAUAGACGGUCAGUAUAUUGAGAAGCUCAUUAAUCACAGGGCAUCUUAAACUCCCUCCCUUAACACAUUGCUUUUGCCUGUGAUGUUGACUGUCUGAUUCUUCUUCAGCUUUAGAGUGCAGUCAGUAUAGUAGUAUCUUCUAUGUUAAGAGUGUCAUUAGAAUGUGCUUCGGGUUUUAUAUGAAUAUGGUCACAUUGCCCUUGAUAGAAGGGAACUCAAUAAAGAACGUUAUAUAACCCCA